AUGACGACCUCUUCAGGCCGCGCGGGCAGCACAGCUGCUGCUGCUGCUGCUGCUGCUGGCGCUGAGGGGCACGGGCUCAGCAGCAGCAGCAGCAGCAGCAACAGCAGCAGCAGCAGCAACAGCAGCAGCAGCCCGGUGUAUCCGUCUUGGGAGUGUGUAGGGGGCCUUCUAGGUCCCCCUGAGCUGCCGCUGGAUUUGUUUUGUUCUGCUGCAGCAGCAGAAGCAGCAGCAGCAGCAAGCCGGGACGUGGGUGUGCCUUUUGUGGUGCGUUCAGCAGCAGCAAGAAAGGAGACAGCAGCAGCAGCAGCAGCAGCAUCGGAGAAUGUUGCUGCUGCUGCAUGCCCGGGGUGUCUCCGCAGCAGCAGCAGCAUCAUUAUAUCUGAAGUUUUGGGGCUGGCACUGCAGCAAACCAGCAGCGCCCGCGUGCGUGCAUGCGGGGUGUCGAUGCUGGGGUUUCUCUCUCGCGCAGCAACAGCAGAGGUGCUGCUGCAGUCUCUGCUGCCUUUUCUUACUCAUCAUCUGGGGGAUCCGUUCCCCACUGUUCGUGUUGCUGCUGUCAAAGCUCUUGCUGCUGCGCUGCUGCAGCUGCAUGCGGCGCUGCAGCACGCGGCCCUCUGCCCGCACAGCAGCACCCAGAGUGCUCUCUGCAGCAUCUGCGGCACCGCCUGCAACAGCAGCAGCAGCAGCAACAGCAGCAGCAGCAGCGGCCAGGGACCUGCUGCUGCUGCUGCAGCAGCAGCAGCAACCAAGGCUGGAGCUUCUCUCCGCCGCACGGGAAAGGGAGCAGCGCUGCCGCUGUCAAAGCAGCAGCAGCAGCAGCAGCAGCAGCAGCAGCAGCAGGCAGCAGCAGCAGAGGGUACAUCGGAUGCAGAUGCAGCAGCAUUGUUUUGUGGUUUUAUUCUUCCUGCUAUCCAUCGUCUUAGUGCUGCUGAUCCUGAUGCUGCUGUGCGUGUUGCUGUUGCUGAGCUGCUGCCGCUGAUGCUGCUGGCGGUGAAGGCUUGUCUGCAUGCUCAGGCCCUCUUGGCGCUUCAGAGAGAACAGCAGCAGCAGCAGCAGCAGCAGCAACAGCAGCAGCAGGAGCAGCAGCAGCAGCAGCAGGAGCAGCAGCAGUACAAGCAGCAGCAGCAGCAGCAGCAGCAGCAACGCGAACGGUCUGCUUCUACUCGCCCAGAAACAGCCUCGCCGCCUCCCGUGGCAGCAAGAGUUGCUGCAGCUCCAACAGCCAGCAGCAGCAGCAGCAGCAGCAGCAGGCAGCAGCAGCAGCAGCAGCAGCAGUACAACUUCCUGGUGUCUCCAUCGACGGCAGAGACAGAUGCUGCAGCGCAGCAGCAGAGACCCCCCCUUGAGGACAGCACGCAGCAGCCGGAUGUUGCUGCUGCAGCUGCAGCGGCACCUGCAGCAGCAGCUCCUGCUGCUGUUGCCCCUGUGGGAGAGAAUCAAUGCAGCAGCAACAGCAGCAGCAACAGCAGCAGCAGCAACAGCAGCAGCAGCAGCAACAACAGCAGCAGCAGCAACAGCAGCAGCAGCAGCGUAGCCCCCACCGCUGGUCCGGAGCAGCAGCUGGGAGAAGCAAUAAGCAAGCUGCAUGCAGCAGUGCUGCCGACGCUGCAGCAGCAGCUGACGUGUCGCCCGAUAGAGCAGCGGCUGGCGCUGCUGCGGGGUCUGCCUGUUCUUGCUGCUGUGCUGGGGCAGCAGCAAACGCAUGCGUUGCUGCUGCCGUAUCUGAUAGUGCAGCUGAACGACUCAUGCUCAGGUGUACGCGCAGCUGUGGUGAGGUGUCUGGGGGGCCUCGGGGCCCUCGCGCUGCAGCAGACAGCAGCAAGCUGCAUCGUUCCCUGCUGCGAGCAGUGUCUGCGGGAUCAGCAGGAGGAGGUUGUUGCUGCUGCUGCUGCUGCACUGACGCAGCUAGCCAGGGAUCGUCUCCUUUCUGUCUCCUCUCAGGCAACAUACACCUUACUAUCGAAGCGAGUGGUGCCGCUGCUGCUGCUGCCGUCGCUGCUGCUGCGAGCUGUGCUGCUGCAGCUUCUUGCUGCGCUGCAGCAGAGCUGGGGACCCGUCCAGACAUACGCGUUGCUGCUGCCGCUGCUGCAGCCGGUGCUGCUGCCACACUCACAUCUGCUGCUGGUCGACGAAGUAGCAGCAGCACUGAGGCCCCCUCUCUCGCUCAGGCUGCUGCAGCAGCUGCUGCAGCAGCAGCAACCAGGCACUGCAGCAGCACGCCUGCUGUCUCUUCUCUUCUCUCCCGCGGUCCUCAAGGCUGCAGAGAGAGCCCAGAGGAGACACAGACACGGGCGGAGGAGACGCAGCAGCAAGCUCAAUACAACUGACAACAGCAGCAGCAGCAGCAGCAGCAACACAGGCAGCAGCAGCAGCAGCAGCAGCAGCAGUGACAGCGGGCUGCAGAGAGAGCCCAGAGGAGACACAGACACGGGCGGAGGAGACGCAGCAGCAAGCUCAAUACAAAUGAAAACAGCAGCAGCAGCAGCAGCAGCAACACAGGCAGCAGCAGCAGCAGCAGCAGCAGUGACAGCAGCAGUGACAGCGACUGCAGCAGCAGCGAUAGCGACGAGCAAGAAGACACACGGCUGCUUCAGGAGUCUGCUGCAGCGAGACCUGCUGCAGCAGCAGCAACAGCAGCAGCAGCAGCAGCAGCAACAGCAACAGCAACAGUGGUGA